CGCCUCGCUUACCUUGAUUUGGGCGACGGUCUCCUGCCCGGUCACCUGGAGGGUGUGCAGGGCCUGCGCGCGGACAAACAGCUGCAUGGUGGCGACUGCAGGGAGACACAAGCGGCGGCUGAGAGCCGAGGCCCCGGUCAGGCAGGGGCCAGCGGGGAGGGCCGGGGCGACAAAGAGGGGAGCGAGGUUUGGAAGAGGACUGGCCCAGGGGAAGCGAGGGGGCUCGGGCUGGGUGGGUAGAGGCCGGGCCGGAGGCCUGAAGCUGGCCCCGAUGAUGGCCUGGGAACCCGGGGCUGCCUCGUGCCUCGGCCUCCCCGCUGCCCCGAUCCCGGACCGCGCACUUACCUCGGACACGCUCGUCCUGCUUCCGCCGCGGCGAAGAUGGAGACGAGAAAGAGAGGCAGGGGCCGAGGGCGCGCACGUUCGUCCCAACACGCCGGGUGCGUGCUUACGCACACGGACGCCUACGUCCCCUUCAACCAAUCGGAGCGGAGUACAGCCCAGCGGGAGGAAGUCGCUCGUUCGAGCUGGAGCUGACCCAAGGGAAGGGGAAGAGAGCAGAGGCGGGGUCGGGCUUCUCGGGUAUCGGCGACUGCGCGAGGGGCAGGGGGCGGGGUUAGGGAAGAGGCGGAAGUCCCACCCCCUGCCCAGGAAGAGUAGUUGCGCUAUGGCGGUGGCGCUGGCAGCAUCUACCCUCAGGGCCGGGCUGAGGGCUUUCGCGCUGCGAGGACGCCCAGUCUGCGGGGUCCGGUGGCAGAGCCAGGAGCCAUUUACCUACCCUGGCAUAGUGGAGUCCACAGAAGAAUAUGCAUUUGUGGAACGCCUCAUCCCACCCACUGUCAUCCCAGAGCCCCCCAAACACCAGAGUUACCCCACGCCAAGUGGCUGGCAGCCUCCAAAAGACCCUCUACCGAACCUCCCCUACAUUGUUCGGCGAUCCCGGAUGCACAACGUUCCAGUCUACACUGAGCUCACACAUGGCAACCGACAAAUGACUCUGAUCCGAAAGGUGGAGGGGGACAUUUGGGCCCUGCAGAAAGACGUUGAAGAAUUCCUGACCCCACUAUUGGGGAAGAAGCCCGUGACACAGGUCAAUGAGGUGACUGGGACCCUGCGGAUCAAAGGUUACUUUGACCAACAGCUCAAAGCCUGGCUCCUGGAGAAGGGCUUCUGAGGCUGGCCACCAUCCCCACCAGGGGCACUGAGACAGACAGGCCUGGAGGAAUGCAUUUCAGUGACUGGUGACUCAAAGGCCAGUGGGGCCCCUUUGUUUCAGCACCAGCAGCACCCCUGCUGCUCCCUGCUUGUGGCUGAAAGUCAGGUGUGGGCCAGGAGGGGUUUGUCCUAAUUGCCCUAUUACUUCCCAGCUGGGAAUCUUAGGAACAGCUCAGCAAAGAUGACAAAACAGUAAUGGCCAGGGGGAGGGGCACCACGGCACGACCUGGCACCAACUUUAAUGCAAGUUUUUAUUUUGGCCGUAUAUACAAUUGAAGCUAUUAAAAUUUGUACAGUAUUUACAAAUUAAAUAAUCUGAAACUGUC